AUGGUACAAUUGGUGACCAAGACGACGGUUUUGCAGCCAUCAAACAUGUUAUUGCCCACAAAUGGUGAUCCCAUUGCAACUAUAGUUGAAAGCACAUUUCCAAUGUUUUCAAAUGAAAGUGGUGAUCAUAGUUUUUUAGAAAGUUGUGCAAUUCUAGUUACAACUCUAGAUGCGGUCAAUGCUAUCAACCAAUACAUGAGUGACAUGCAUGAUGCCGAGAGUAGGACAUACUUGAGUUGCGACGCAGUAUGUACGUUUGAGUUUACUAAUGGCAUUUUGGUUGAUGUCCACACUCCGAAAUUCCUAAAUGGUAUACGGGCUUUUGGCAUACCAAACCACUCAUUAACAUUGAAGGUUGGAUCUUCUGUUAUGUUACUGAGAAACAUAUACUACCCUCUCAGGUUGUGUAAUGGGACUAGAUUGGUAGUCACUAAGCUGUCAGAACACGUAAUAGAAGCAAAAAUUUCCACAGGUGAUCACUCAGGUACUAGGGUGUUGGUUCCUCGAAUGACAAUGACUCCAUCAGAUCCCAAGUUGUCACUCAAGUUUAAAAGAAGACAAUUUCCAUUGAUGCUUUCAUAA